AUGGAAGUCGAUAAAUUACCAGCAUCGGAAGAUAUGGAAUCCAACGAAGACAUUCGUUUUAUUUUCGGCCUACUGGACAAUAUAAAUAAGCUCAUUGAUGUUCUAGGAAUUUCCAAACAUCUACAUGUAAUGAAACCACAAUUAUUUCUUGCAAAUGUUAUAUUACCGCUUCUGAACCCUUCACCAAAUUAUGAUCAUAUGUUGUAUUUGGUUACUUUAACUAAAAUGRUCCUGAAUGAAUGUCAUAUAAUGACACUUCCCUACAUGGAAAUCUGGGAUAGACUACUUAUUCAAUUGGCUAAAAUACUGGAUGAUGCACGUUGGGCCAUWACUAAUUUUACAAUUGAAAGAGUCCAAAUAUGUGAAAAUGUGAUUGUUACUAUACAGCCUCUUUUGCAAUAUGCUUCGUAUAUAGAUGAUGAUUUUAAGGCAGAAUUAUUGGAAAAUAUCAAACAAGAAUUAUCAAGCUUACAUUUAAUGACUCGUUCUUAUUUCUUAUCUUUGUGGACAACCGAAUAUAUUACAAUAGAUGGAAUGGAUGAACAUUUGAUCAUGACCAUUCAAUCACAGAAUCAUAUUUCAUUUUCUAAUCUGAAUAGAUCAUCAUCUCAAAGAGCUCAAGAAGAAUUUAUUUUUGGCCUUGCAACA